AUGCCUGAGUGUGUAAAUGGAGCCAACUCCCUGUGAACUGAGCCUAUGCAGAAUUAGACCCACACAGAGGGCAGGAUCGGUUUCCUGCCUGCUCUGAUGUCAGCCCAGGUAAAGACUAGGGAGGAAGGCCUGAUGGAUAUAUUCUAGUGACAACAGGAUUCUCUUAUAGAGAGGGAUAUGGAAGGCAUAUAAUGGCCGGCAAGAUGAAGCCUAGUCCUGGAAUAAAAAAACGAUCCCAAUUGAGAAUCUCCGUUACUCCAGGACUAGGCGUAAUUGGUGUCUGGGAAACCGGCCUUAAGGGUAUACUUAAGCGAUAAGGCCCGAGGGGGUAGAUGGCCAAUAUACCAUGGCUAAGGGCUGUUUUUAUGCACGAUGCAACACGGAGUGCCUGUAUAUUAAUCUACAGGCACUCCGUGUUGCCUAAAAACUGCCCUUAGCCAUGGUAUAUUGGCCAUAUACAACACCCCCUCGGGCCUUAUCGCUUAAGUAUACCCUUAAGGCCGGUUUACCAAACACCAAUUAAGCCUAGUCCUGGAGUAACGGAGAUUCUCCAUUGGGCUUGUUUUUAUACCCUUAGCUGUCACCCGAGGUGCCUUAUUACAUUUACAUUUACAUUUACAUUUUAGUAAUUUAGCAGACGCUCUUAUCCAGAGCGACUUACAUUAUGAGUGCAUACAUUAUUUUUUUCAUACUGGCCCCCCGUGGGAAUCGAACCCACAACCCUGGCAUUGCAAACGCCAUGCUCUACCAACUGAGUUACAUCCCUGCCAGCCAUUCCCUCCCCUACCCUGGAUGAUGCUGGGCCAAUUGUGCGCCGCCCCAUGGGUCUCCCGGUCGCAGCCAGCUACGACAGAGCCUGGAUUCGAAACAGGAUCUCUAGUGGCACAGCUAGCACUGCUAUGCAGUGCCUUAGACCACUGCGCCACUCGGGAGAUUAUUGCUAUUACCAAUGUAAUUAGAGCAGUAAAAAUACUUGUUUUGUCAUACCCGUUGUAUACUUUUUGAUAUACCACAGCUUUCAGCAUUCAGGGCUCGAACCACCCAGUUUUUAAUUGGUAUUAGGGAGGGUGACAAAGGGUUGGUGCCAAUUAGGGUUGUCAGUUAUUGGAGGCCUACUUGUUGUGGGUGUUGGUUUGUGAUUGAGAUUGACUUGAAGACUCAUGACUACAAAUGAAAGUAGUCCCGGAGAAGUCUGUUUAGGGGUAAGGGGGGUAGGAGAUUUCAUUUUUGUGUCUUUAUCCCAUUUUAAAACACUCAGUAACUUAUAUUCUAGGUGUGGGUAUACCCAUAUGGGUUUCACCUGCCAUGAGUUUAUUUACACAUUUGUUUGAGUAUAUUUUGUUCCUUCUCUCCCUAGGCCAGGUGAACAAAUCUUCCCCAAAGAAGCCUCGGAGCCGAAAUAUCUUCAAAGCGCUCUUCUGUUGCCUCCGAGCACAGGAUGCCCCUCAGCCUCCACCCCCUGCCCAGGAUACCUUACUCCCUCCUGAGGACAAUGGGACGAUCGCCAAGGUAACACAAACACCUGUCAACCAGCCACUCCAAUGGCCCACCCCGACAAACUUCCUGAAAACAAAAGUGAAAGAUGGGCUUGUUGAGUACACUGAUGAGUAGCUUAUAGAAAGACCUAGCAUUAGUGUAGUAGACCAACUUCUGUCCAAUAGGCUAUAUGGCUAGUAGUGAUGCAAUUUACAUCAGAAUUGGUCUUAAAAAGUGGCAAGUCCAAUUAAAUGUCAUGUUAGAAAAAUCAGAGUAAAUGGAGAAGAAAGGCUAAUGGAGAUUUUAUAACUUCUCCCUGACAGAUAAUAAUAAUAAUAAUAAUAAUAAUAUGCCAUUUAGCAGACGCUUUUAUCCAAAGCGACUUAGUCAUGCGUGCAUACAUUUUUGUGUAUGGGUGGUCCCGGGGAUCGAACCCACUACCUUGGCGUUACAAGCGCCGUGCUCUACCAGCUGAGCUACAGAGGACCACAGAUAAAUUGGACUUCAUGCUUUACAUUCUUAUCACUUCAGAUUCAGUAUGAUACUGUCUGUUUUCACACUGUUCAGUACUCUAGAUAAACCAUGUAAUUACUAUAUCAAAUGACUGUGGCCUAAUAUGAAUCACGAUGGCUCUAUUAAUGUAAUUAACCAACUAAAGUAGAGCUGGGCUGAUCCAUACAGGACAACACUAGUAUUUGGGUCAGUGGGUAAGCAUAACUACGUCCCAAAUGGCACCCUGUUCUCUAUAUAGUGCAGUACUUUUUACCAGGACCCACAGGGCUCUGGUCAAAAUUAAGGCACUUUUUAGGGAAUAGGGUGUCAUUUGGGACGCUACCCUGCAGAUUAAUAUCUGUUACUCUCUGAAUUACAGUUCCUCAUUGCUUAAUUACUCAUGUCCCCACACCAUGUUCAGAUGUUAGACUGCUCACGAACAUCACAAGAAUUCACUCAAUCCCCAAUUCAGUUAAGUCUUCAGGAUUUAAUUGGGUGAAGAUAAGAGGGUGUAGAUAAAUACAAUUAAAUGAUUCCAAUGCCACCGUUUUCUCGUAGUUGAAAUUACCACGCUUCCCAGAUCCUCCCCCUGUAUUUAUUUAUUUAUUUAUUAGAACUACCGUAUAUUGUAGGGUGUCCAAACAAAACGCAUAUUUUGACCAUGGGUAAAAUACCUCAUGUCUCUAUCAUAAUCCGUUCAAAAGUUAUUGGAGUUUUUACCCUUGUAGGAUGGCCAAAUCAAUGGAGGCCAGAGAAAAAAGAGUGGUCAGAAGUAAGGAAAAUUGCACAGCGUCACGUCAGCUAGGCUGGAUGCUGUGCGAGAAUGAAGGCUACUGGACAUGCUCACUUUUCCGUUGAACUCGUCAUCUUUCAUCUCGAGUCCGCAGGAUAUAAAACAAUAUAGAGGUAAGAUAGAUCGAUUUUGAGACAUGACAUGUAGUAUUUUCAUAUUUUAGGAUAUGCUUUUCAUAUUAAUGCGAAAUUCUUUUUCGAAGGUUUUUCACACAAACAAGCAUAUCUCUGUGAAAUGUCAACCAAGCACUGAGCUUACUGCAAGCUUUUUAUUUUCAAAGCCUUUUACAUUUAAUUCAUCCCGUGCCAUGCUAAUUUAGCUUUUUGCGACCCACGGAAACAACUUGAAGACUACCACCACAACAUGUAAAAUCCUCAAAAGGAGCUUGGUGCUUAUUAUCUGAUGUAUUAGGAUACGAAAUCCGACUUUUUGGAUACUGUUAAUGAAAUGUUAGAUAAAUACCCCACUGAACGAUUCAGAAUAUGAAUAAUCAUAUUUGUCUUGUUAAAUGUAUUUUAUAACAUAAGGAAGUGAAAUUUCAUCUCCAAAGUGUGUUUUCACCAACUCUGGGCAUAUUGGGUGGACACCCUAUAUAUUGAUGCCACUGGUUUAGUUAACAUGUUGGUGAAUGGGAUUUUAGAUGUGAGCUGUUUAGACUAAGGCUAACAGCUUAAACUCUCCCCUGUGCUAACUAAGCACCCCCUUCGACUGAUGAUGCGUCAACCUUUUACCAAACAUUAAUCUGUAACAAAAGAAACACCAAUCUCUCUGUUAUGUUUGACUUUAUGACAUAGAUUAACAUGACUGUGUGAACCUCACUGUUCUUCUGUUAAGUGUUCAGAGAGAGCAUGGCUAGGUUUAGAAUAGAUGGGCACCUUGUAGGCGGCAGCACAUUUAGACCAAAGAGUAAAAUAUUUUGGUUGCGGAAAUUAAACUACUUUUCUCCCACCACUAGGCAGUAUUAGGCCUGUCCUCAAGCCAAUAAAAUACUUUGUUGCUGAUAUGUAGCCUAAUUCUUGCUUGUGUUCUACUAGGCACAGUUCAGAACUGUCAUGGAUAUAGGCCUAGAAUAGAUGUUUGUGUUGAGCCCUGUUGGUGGGUUUGGGAUGGAUGAGUGGGAGUUGACUCUAGAACCUAGUUAACGGUCUUUCAUCUCUCUGUUUAGCUUGAUCUACUUCAAAACCUUCGCCACCAGUUUCAAGUACGUAAAGGACAAUAUCACUGUGGUUUUUGCGGGAGUAAAAACUAUACUGAAUGGGGUUAGAUUAAACUGUCACAUUGGGUAUGACGCUCAGGCAAAUGUUUGUUAUAACAGUUUUUAGUUGUUAUUUUGAUCCAUUAUCUUCAGACAUUUUAUUUACAUUUACAUUUUAGUCAUUUAGCAGCCACUCUUAUCCAGAGCGACUUACAGUUAGUGAGUGCAUACAUUUUUCAUACUGUUAUAAACUGCUGUUAUAUGCUGUUGUAUUUGGGAUGGAAAAGGACAUUAAUUCAGUUUUGCAGGACAGUGCAUUGUGCAAUAGGAUAUGUGUCUUAAGUUGUUACUGUAGAUGGGCCAUAGGUUAUUAUUCUGAAACUCACAUUGAACCCUUCAUUCUCCAACUAAAGGGUUUUCCUAACUGGAAACAUGAUUCCUGUGUAGAAUUGUACCAGAGGUCCCAGGUUAAUAGAUGAUUGAUUCCCUCUGGAAUCUGUCAUCACGUGUGGUGUGUGUCAUCAGACAUUUAAAUCAUGGGUAUUCAGGUACUGCAUGGGGUCUGCGAAAAUUAUUUGUAUUUUUUAAAAUUGUUAUUUCAAUGUUUUUAUGAAUAUCGCUAACAGAAUAAACAAAAGUUUAAUUACAUACCUACAGUAGAAAAGAGGAGAAUAUCAUAUUUCUAAUAAUGUCCACUUUAUUUCUCCUACUCCUAAUAUUGAGCAAAUUACACUCAUUGAAGCCAAUUACACUCACAGGAGUAUCUGCCCUAGGCUUUGAAAAAGCACCCGUGAAUAGGCUACCAGUGUGGCAAGCAGCUGGUAAGCUUUCUUGACUUGGACAUACAUUUUUGCCUACACAUGGCUUACCUUUGUUUAUCCAGCUAAACAGCUGCUCUUAGCGAAAAUGUGUUUGGAGUUACCCUUCUAGCUAAUAGGCUGUUAGUUUCCACUUCUUCCAAUUAUAAUGUGGGGAGGUCAAAAUAAUGAAAAACUAUUCACAAUCUAUUCAUUUAAAAAUGUUAAUUACUUCUCCUUGCCAUUCACGUGAUAAGACAAGAAAAAAUGUUUUGCUAAAGUAUGAUGGGGUCCCUAGGCAAGAAAAGGUUUGACACCUGGUUUAAAUUCUCAGGGAAAAGUGUCACCAGGUGGCCAAACAUGUUACUACAGUGCACUCUGAAUAUAAGAAUCCUAGAUAUAAGAAUUAACCACUUACAGUGGUUUUUAAACAGUGGGACAGAAGUAUUUCUAAACUGUAGUUAACAAUGGCGACUUACUUACUGGGACUGAUGUGAUUCUUAUAGCUAAUGUGAUUCUUACAAGGCUGGUGCACUGUAAUGUGAAAAAGAGAGGAAGAUGAGUGCAACAUGUAGUGGUGCAGGUUGGGUAAUGUGGUUCCUUUUUGACCUCCCCACCUCUACCCUGCCUCUAUCCUCUACCCUCCUCUACUCCCUACCAUUCUCCCUGUCCCGCCCAUCUCAGGUCCCAGAGACCAGUCUACUGCCAGAGGUAACCCCCCAGGAUGAGGGCAAGAUCUGUGUGGUCAUUGACCUGGACGAAACGCUGGUGCACAGCUCCUUCAAGGUAGCACACACACACACACUCUUAAUAAGAAACUAUUGGAAAACCUUGACCUAUUAUCUCACCACAUAUCAAAGAUUCAGAUAAAUGUUGUUUUGAUCCUGUGCAGUAUAUAAUGGCAUGAUCCAUAGCUCUUACUUCACUUGUUUGCAACAACAAGCUGUAAUCUCGUGGCUCAGUUGGUAGAGCAUAGCGCUUGCAACGGCAGGGUUGUGGGUUCGAUUUCCACGGGGGACCGGUAUGAAAAUGUAUGCACUCACUACUGUAAGUCGCUCUGUAUAACAGCGUCUGCUAAAUGAUUAAAAUGUAAUCAUUUGAUUUAAGUCCUCGUUGUUUGUGUCCGUCUCACUUGUAGAUCCCCCUAUAAGUCUGUGUGUCCUAGGUAGUAAUGGACAGCUGUUAGCUGGAUCAGGUAGCUCAUUACACUGGCUGGGAGAGUGAAAGAGGAGAUGAUGAUCCUGUAAACACAUUCAUCAACAAAUCAAUGGUCACUGGCAGACAGACCACUGUUGUACAUGUCCCCCCUAGUUGACAUGUUUCUCUUGAUAGGGCAUGAUUUCGAUAGGGCAUCACAGCUUUUGGUGGGCAGGAGGGCUUAGUUUUUUUCCUCAUUUAAAACUUGGCUUUUAGAUGCGUUUUAUCAGAAUAUAUCAUCUCUGUUAGCCCAGAAGUCAAAUCUUGCGUCAGUUGGUCAGCUGUGUGAUUAACUUCUGUUUUCAUACGUGUUAGAAAUUGAGAGUUCCGACAAAAACGAAGUCUCCACCCUCACAAACUCAGUCAAAGCCCCCCCCCCCCUCUUCCUGUCCGUGUGGACACACACGCAAAGCACUCAAGGCGAAGCAGUUUAAGCACCGCCUUCGCCCCAUCCAUUUACGUCCACAUAACCAGUGACGAAACCCCCCAAAACGGAACUAAUGCUGCUCAGAUCUCGCGCAUUCCAUUCAGUCCUGGCAGAUUCUCUCGGUCUACACACAGAAUCUGGCAACGGGAGAUUACAGAAUAUCUAACUUUUGUAGUUAAUGUAUAUGUUUGUCUUUUGCAUGUCACUGCAACUGGUUUUAUUUGUUCUGAAAACUGUGAUGGUAAAUGGUUGUCCUUCUCUGAUCCUGUAGCCCAUCAGUAAUGCUGACUUCAUUGUACCUGUGGAGAUUGAAGGAACAACACACCAGGUAACUAACAAUGACUAUGGCAAUGGCAUUCAGAUCAACACACACGGAUUGUGUGUGUAUAUACUGUGUGCUCCAUCGGACAAAUUCAAAUAAUCAACCUCCCUGUGGUUAUGUUUAGCUAUUGCAGCCCAUUGAAGAAGUAUAACUGCUUCUGAAAUUGAACGCAUUUAACGUUAAUACAUUAAAUCAAAUUUGAAAUCAAAAGUAAUGUGUAAAUGGAACAUUUGUUGUAUAAAUGUGUUCUCUUCCAUGAUCAAGAUGGAUAUACUUAGUAGUUAUUGUAGAAGUCAUAUCUACAUAUGUAUCAAUUGUAAAAAUGUUAAAGCUGUAUAGUACAGUUAAGCCAGGGGUCAGCGAGGCCUCCCUCACCCCUCUCCGGCCUCCUCGCCGUGGGACACUGGCCACAGCUCUUUGGCCUCGGCCUGAUUCAAGUAAUCCAGGAUAGGCUGGUUCCUGCCAGCACGGCCUAUUCUCGAUUACUUGUUUCAGGAGGCGGCUGCCAACUUCCAACACACCCUCUGCAACGAUCACACCGACAGACGCUUGGACACGUUCCCUGACCCACAGACGGAAUGAAUAGGAAAGAGCAGGCAGACCAAACAGGGAGGCAGGCCUCCAUUGUAUUCAAUAAAUGUUUAACCCUUUUUUUAACCUUUCUGUUCCUUUUUUUUAUUUUUUUAUACGUUGGCUUUAUUUUAUUUUAUGAAAUGUUGAACCAGGUUGUUGAAUGGAUGAAAGAUGGAUCCACUUGUGCUCACCAGCCUUUUUUCACUGUUGCCUUUUCAAUUAGCUAACACAUUAGGCUUGUUAAGCCAGGUGAGUAGACUCUGUAGCCAGUGAAUAACUUUGAUCAGAUUGCAGAUCAAUAGAUACUGUGGUCCUUACAGACUGGAGUUGUGUGGAGUUGCUCCAGUCAGUUAGUUAGUCCAUAGACUAGUGUUCAUAGAUGGUCGCUGCUAGAUAGCUGUACUUGAUUCUCCUAGCCAGAUGCUUUUAACCGUGCUGUGACGUGUCCCAGGUUUACGUCCUGAAGAGGCCACAUGUAGACCAGUUCCUCCAGAGGAUGGGAGAGCUGUUUGAGUGUGUUCUCUUCACUGCAAGUCUCGCAAAGGUAACAUUGCUUUUUCUGUUGAUUUGGAAAAUUAACUGGUACUUAUUCCAUUUACUACCCCUGGUGGCGAGGAGAUAUGCCUCUUGAAAAAGUAGCAAUUCCAGCAAUGUUAAAGGGAUACUUCGGGAUUUUGGCAAUGAGGCCCUUUGUCUACUUCCCCAGAGUUGGAAGAACUUGUGGAUACCAUUUUUAUGUCUGUGCCCAGUAUGAAGGAAGUUAGAGGUAGUUUUGCUAGCGCAAAUGCUAACUAGCGUUGUACAAUGGCUGGAAGUCUAUGGGUAUCUGCUAGCAUGCUAGCAGAUACCCAUAGACUUCCAGCCAUUGUGCUAUAACGCUAGUUAGCAACUAACCUCAAACCGCUGCAGAGACAUAAAAAUGGUAUCCACGAGUUUAUCUGACUCUGGGGAAGCAGAUAAAUGGCCUCAUUGCCAAAAUCCCGAAGUAUCCCUUUAAGUCGUCUGUACCACCCAACAUACCACUCUCCCCUUACAUCCUACUCUCUGUCCUACUACCUGCCUGGCCUUCUACCUUUCUGUUUCUAUCUUUUUCUCUCCCUUUCACCUUCUCCUCCCGUCUCCCCUGCAGUAUGCAGACCCAGUGACCGACCUUCUAGAUCAGUGUGGUGUGUUCCGGACGCGUCUCUUUCGGGAGUCCUGUGUGUUCCAUCAGGGCUGCUACGUCAAGGACCUGAGCCGCCUGGGCCGCCAGCUCAACAAGACCCUCAUCCUGGACAACUCCCCCGCCUCCUACAUCUUCCACCCUGAGAACGCUGUGAGUCCUGCUGCCCAGCCUGAGCUUUACUGUAUCACCAAAGGCCUUACAGGCCUGUCCCAAUGUAGAAUCACUGAGGUGAUCUUCCUGUUUUAAGCAAGGAGCUAUUUGAUCCCAACAUGCCAGUUUUAUUUUCUGAAUGUGUGUUUUAAACUGUGGAAAUCAACAUUUCCCAACUGCAGUGACAGAAAAGGUUAUUUCCUUCAUUAAUAGCCUUAUUUCUCUAAAAUGUCAAAUGUUUUAAUCUGUGUGUGUGUCCUCAGGUGCCUGUGGUGUCCUGGUUUGAUGACCUGGAGGACACAGAGCUGCUGAGCCUCCUGCCCGUCUUUGAAGAGCUGAGUGAGGCGGACGACGUCUAUGCCAAACUACAGCAGCUACGAGCCCCCUGA